UUCGACCUUCUGUUCACACUGACGUUGCCUUUCUGGUCCGUGGAGUUUCUUCAUCACUGGGUUUUUGGAGAUGUUGCCUGUAAGAUCAUGACCGGGGCCUAUUUUGUAGGCAUCUACGGAAGCCUCAUCCUUCUCACGGCUAUGACCCUCGACCGUUUUGUUGUGGUUGUGGUCAGAAGUUACUGGUUAACACGGAGUCGAAGGCUCAAAUGUUCAAAGGCCGCCUGCAUUGGCGCCUGGAUUAUAAGUUUGAUUGCUUGUCUGAGAGAUUCAAUAGCCGCAAAGGCACAAGACAUACAUAUCAACACAUACUCGUGUCAAAGCGUCAAUACAGUUGAUGACAAUGUUGGAUAUUACGCUCAGCUCAUUCUGCUGUUUCUUGUACCGUUUGCCAUCAUUGUUUUCUGUUACACCAAAAUUAUUUUGACCCUCAUGUCAACAUCGACCAGGCAGAAAUACAGGACUGUGAUACUGGUGCUGUGCAUUGUUAUUGCUUUCUUCAUAUGCUGGGGGCCCUAUCAUAUCAUCAUCGUGUUGAUGUCCAUCUAUGACUUUGAUGCCUGCGAACAUUAUCGGCUGCAUGUUGCAUUUAUCGUCUGCAGGAUUCUGGCGUUUUCUCACUGCUGCAUGAACCCGGCGCUGUAUAUUGUCAGAGGGAAGUACAGAAAUCUCUUGUCAAGCUUAUUGUUCUGCUCACCUGAACUCAGGCAGUCGGGGCUCUACAGAGGACCAACAGAUCCCAGCGACUCCAGGAUUCAUCCAUACGCGAAUGAAAGAGCUCAAGAAACUUGUGAAGUGCAACAAACAAAUGUCACUGAACACACUGAAAGCACUAUAAAAAUGGAGACC